CCCACUGGGAAACAGCCCGCCUUGUUCUUGGCUAACCUUCAACGACGAGCGACAACCACCACCUAAAUGCGAUAACCUUGCGCAACUUCUCUGGUAAAGGUGAAACGCUACGAAAUCCGUGCAAACCCAGCCUCACUCCUGUCCCAACGCAAAGAUCAGCCAAAAAGUGUCCCACAUAGUGUUCAACCGCCUCAAAAACAAAUACUCAACACAAACCGCAACCUUCCAUAACCCCAACCAAUGCUGGCAAUGCCCGGCCCAUCCGCGUCCUCCAGCGCACCGCCACGCCGGUCAGUGCAGCAGCAGCUCCUCUUCGCCAAAGCAAACGGCGACCCGCUGAAGUUCACCAUAACGCGUGGUGCGCACCGAGCGCGUGCGCGAGACCUGAUCGAAUCGAACGGCGGUGAAGUUGUGGAGUACGCCCCUGUGGAUGAGAUAUUCAUGAAAGUAGCAGGACCGGGUUCGACGCCGUCGGCAAGGGACAUGUAUUCUACCGAAUAUGUGGAGGAUUCUGUAAAGGCGGGGCGGCUUCUGGAUCGAGCGCCGUAUUGCCUUUCGUUGGAUUUGGUUGCUUCUGGGAAUCGAACAAUAUCCCGGGAACCAUUUGAUGCGAAGGAUGAUGUUAUACUUCGGGCUGAAAUCGAGAGAGCCAGCGGGACUGAUCUCUCCGGAAAUGCCCUAUAUAAACGCAUCGCGGCACAGUUUCCGCAUCACCCCUGGCAAUCAUGGCGAAACCGCGCCGUUGAACGCAUCCUGCCUACACUGCACACAGAAAAGAAAAAAAACGCGGCAAAACAGCCGGUGAAUCAGAAUCAGAACCAGAACCAGAACCAGAACCAACCAGCUAUUGUCACCGCGACGUCUAAUGCCACGAAAGCGGUUGUCCGCCCCAAACGUUCCGAAAUCUUCACCCCGUACGAAGAUGAGAUUCUGAAAGAAGUGAUUCGUGUCACACGCCCGGAGCUGAGGGAUGCGGCUUAUGCCGUGCUUGCUGGAAUGCUCAAUAAAGUGCACUCCCGCGAGCAAUGGAAAUCCCACGCCGAGUCCGAAAUCAUCUCCCAAGUCGAAGCCGAAAACUCCGAUGACGACGAUGAUGACGACGACCAAGCGCAGCCUGGCCAAAAACGAAAGAAGCAGCGACGGAAGGAGUUUACGGAGCGCGAGAAGAGGCUUAUUAGGAAUUUUACGAGGGGGAAAUGUACGGCGCCAGGGAUCAAGGGGAAAAAUUUUUGGUUGGAGUUUGCUGUUCAGCAUCCGGAACAUAAUGCGGAGAGCUGGCGAGGCCACUUCAAAAACCACAUCUGCGCCGUUCUCCAAGCCGGCGAGGAAGUUCGAACGGAAGCGAAACAGAUGGUUGAGGACGGGUGGACGUUGGAGGAUGACUGGCAGCCGGCGGAUGACGCUGGCGCGGAUCAGCAGGAGGAGGGCGAGGUUGAUCAAGUGGACUGGGAAAACGAGGAGGAGGAGGAGGAGGAGGAGGAUGAGGAGACGCAAACCGAGAACGGCCCGAAUGACACGCAGUCGGAAUCUGUUGACGGUCAGAACGAAAACGAGGAGGACGAGGUGGAAGAUACCGCACACCAAUUCAUGACGCAGGAGCCCUCUGGGGGAGUGUGGGACGACCGCGGUUCAGAAGAAUCUGAAGAUGGAGUGGGCGAGGAGGAAGAAGACAGGCACCAGUGGCAGACUCAAGGCCCCCAGCCUCGCUCCCCACAACAAAAGUCCCAACAAAUCCAACAACACACCCAAACCCAACGCAAAAGCACACGAAUCCUGCAAAUGACAAUGACCCAACAAACCGAAUCGCUCCAAAUCAGCACAUACCCGCCCGACAACGAGAUGGAAGAUAUCUCCGACACCGAGGACGACACCGGGUCCGAGUCUGGGUCCCUGGGCGGGUUGCAGACGCAGGCACCGCCGUUCAAGGCUGUUGAGAUUAGUGAUGAUGAUGACGAGGAGCAGAAUCAGGAGAGAGAGGGUGACGAUGGCAGUGCGGCAAGUGCAGGAGCGAAGGGUAGUCCGGAAAGGGUGGUGGGCAGAACGGAAGAGGAUAUUGAUGAUAUUAUGGAACGUGGGGCGAGGUUGACGAGGGCGGCGAUGGCUAAUGCGUCGGCGGGGCUGCCGAGUAAACGAUCGUUCAUUUAUGAUGAUGAGGAGGGAGGGAGUGGGGAGGAUGAGGAUGGUGCAAGAACGGGCCAGGGAGAUGGUCACCCCGGAAAGCGAAUGGCAACACCGUUGCGAAAACGGACGAGAGUGAAGAUGAGAGGUAUACCGCCUCGGAUCGUGACGACGAACCACCGGAGUUGCCGCUUCGACGGUCCCCGCGCAAAGCUGGUGCUCCUGAUCCUACUGCUACGGCAACCGAAGGCGUAACGACACGGUUGAGGGAACGUUCCAGACGUACCAGGUCCAGCAACGCCGUACCCUCCGAAAGCAUCAAAACACGUCUCCGCCACCGCAUCGAGUCCACCGUAAGCCCAUCCAAACGCAAGUUGGGGAUCCAAGCCCAAAGGGAAUUGGACGGGCAGGUGUAUGUACCCAAAAACGUUGUUGAGGAUGAGGAGGUGGGAAGGAGACGGAGGAGUGUGAGGAG